CAAAUCUGGGAACAACGACAUUCCCAUCUUUGCUUCAUUCAUGCCUCACGAUCAAGUGUAGAGACGCCUAGAAUCGAAAGCGCUCAUGUCGCGUCCAACUGCUAGCGAGACGUCAAGGACGCGUGAAGUCUUCAAAUGUCUAGAAGCGUACGACACGUCGAGCUUCAAAGCCCUCCAAUUUGGUGAUGGCGAACUCAACGAGAGAGUCGCUGUCGGUAGCGACGACACUGCUCUGGCUGCCUUCGCCCAGUUGGGCGCGCUACGUCUGAAGGCCCAACGCUGUAUGAUCUCGUUGGUGUCGAAAGAGGAGGAAUUUAUCAUGGCAGAGUCCACAAGGACUCUAUCACUACAGUCAGAUUUGGUGCACAGUUCUCGCGAUGCUCUGUUUCUAGGUACCUCCCGUUUCCCUCGCGACCAAGGCUUCUCCGUUACUGGCAUCAAGCAAUGGACCACUACCAAGGAACGCCGUGAAGAGCCGAAAGAAGACGCCUACUACUACACCGAUGGCAUAAGCCCUCACUGGUACAUCAUCAGCGAUGUGCGGCAGAGCCCUGAGCUGCAAAAGCUCAUGUUGGUCCAGGCUGCAACAACCUUACGCUUCUACGCAUCUGUGCCUAUUCGAACCAAUAGUGGUCUGGUCGUUGGUUGCUACUCCAUCCUGGACGAUCGACCACGCUUCGGAAUCAGCACCGAAGAGAUGACCUUUAUGGAAGAUAUUGCAGACACUAUCAUGGGCCAUCUAGAAGCCAAACAUGCAGCCGUGCAGAGACAGCGUGGCGAUCGCUUGAUCAAAGGUCUAGCUCUCUUCAGCGAAGGCAAGGACUCUCUACGUGAUUGGUGGCUGGAUACACACAGUCGGAAAUCUCGUGGCGAGGGUGCCCGCCGGCGUCGUGACUCGAUUGAGGAGCAGAAGGUUCAAAACGAUAGAGCCGACGAAGAGCUAGGAAUGACAUACCGAGCCGAUCAGGUUCCUCACGGACGCAGUACUCCGACACCGACAGAAGUGAAACGAGUCGAACCACCUGUGCCGACAGCCAUCCAGGUUCCUAAGCCAACUCCCAAAUCCGGUCGCCUAGCUCCAGACAAGCAUGAAGGUUUCGAUCUUGGUCGCGAAGUCAACACCACCUUCGCUCGAGGCAGUAACCUCAUGCGGGAGGCUCUGAGUGUUGAGGGUGUGGCCUUUAUCGAUGCUGAUUUCCACCGUUCAAAGGAGUCGACCAAGAACCAAGAGUCGUCGUCUACCGAUCCCGAAAGCGAUACUGCCACUGCUUCGUCAGGUCCAGAAUCACAUUCACCAAAACAGCAAUCGCCGAUUUCUCCCGAGGCUCAAUGUGCGCUGUUAGGAUUUUCCACAAAGGUCAAGUCCACAAUUCGUGGAUUCGAUGCCUCGGCCAAGCAUUCGAGUCUUCCGAAGGCCUUCAUCCGUAGUCUGAUUCGUCGCUACCCUAUGGGCAAAGUGUUUAAUUUUCUUGAAGGCAAAGCUCUGAGCUCGAGCUCGGGCACCGAUUUCUCUUCUGACGGCAUUUCAGAUGACGCAAAGAAUGAUCGGUCGCGCAAGCGUCGCAGCCGCGAGUAUGUCGAUGCUAUGACAUUGGGCGAAGUCUUCUCAGGCCCCCGCAGUGUCGCCUUUUUGCCACUGUGGGAUAGUCGGCGUGAGAGAUGGCGAUCCGCUGUUUUCGUGUGGAACAAUUUCCCCAAUAGAUUUCUGGACAAGACCGAGGAUGUGACAUAUCUCGCAGCUUUCAGUAACAGCCUGAUGGCUGAGCUGUCACGUCUUGACGCUAUUGCUGCGGACCAAGCCAAGGCUACCUUCAUUAGCUCCGUUUCACACGAACUGAGGUCGCCUUUGCACGGUGUGCUGGCGGGAGUGGAGCUUCUGCAAGAGAGCGAGUUGAGCAACUAUCAACAAGAGAUGACGACCACUAUCAGCAUGGCCGGCAAGACUUUACUUGAUACAAUCAACAACAUCCUUGACUUCACUAAGAUCAACAGCUUUACAGACCUCGAGCGAAAGGACAGGAAGGACAAGGACGCUAGCAGAAAUUCUGGAUUCAAGACAGCAGACAUGGGCGAAGUCGGCGUCACAAGUGCGGUCGACCUUGCUAUGCUUACUGAGAACGUGGUCGAUACCACCGUCACUGCAAAGAGCUUCCAAUCGAGCAAAGCCAAACAAGAGGAUGAGGACGAAUUCGCACCCAAACCUCCAAAGCAAGUCGCUGUGGUACUAAACAUAACACCACGAGCAAACUGGAAUCUGAACAUUUCGCCUGGAAGUUGGACGAGAGUGAUUACCAACUUACUCGGCAACUCGCUCAAAUACACCAAGGUUGGAACCAUUACCGUGAGCCUUCAAUCUAGAAAGUCAGAUGACCCAAACAAGGCUCUGGUAUCUUUGACUAUUGAGGACACAGGUCAAGGUAUUGGCAGCGAGUAUUUGCGCAACCACUUGUACACACCGUUCAUGCAGGAGAAUACGCAUGCUGUCGGAACUGGACUAGGACUUUCUAUCGUCAAGCAAAUCAUCAAGGACUUUGGAGGACGAAUUCACUUCGAGAGUGAGCUUGGAAGAGGAACCAAAGUGGUUGUCUCUUUCGAAGCCGAUUUCGAGGAAGACGCGGAAUCUGAGAUCGAGGUACCGAAACGUGCUGAUGGAAGCAACCUCAAGGUCGCGCUUUCCAAAUCAGUAGGGAAGACUGACGCAGAUCUGGCACGCGACAAGAUGGUCAAGAUGAGUGCUUCCAAGACCUGUAAGGAAUGGUUGGAGUGUCAGACCGAGUCAGUGUCCGUUUCUGACGGUGCUGACUCCUUUGACGCUUGCAUCUUGACCGAAGGCGAUUACGAAAAAUGGCAGGAAAGGAGAAAGCAGUCACCAAGUCAACGACCAGCACCAGUGAUUGUGUUGGGUUCCAUCUCAGCCUCGUCUAUCGUCCGUCAGAGCGCGGCAAAGAACGCCAUCUUUAUCAAUCAGCCCUUUGGACCGAGAAAGAUGUCCAGAGCACUGGCAGCAGCUCUGAAGAGUACGAAGCAAACACACUACGUCACGGAGAACGAGACGCUAGGCCCAAGAUCGUCUUCGCUGUCUGCGGUGACGGAACUCACCGAGCCUCCGCUUGUCAGCUCAAAUAGCGACCCUCCACCUACGUACACGGAGUCCAAGCCCAGCGUGACUUUUGACGCAUCUGCUGCACCCUCGCCGCCCGUGUCGCCGCAAAAGUCUCCUGCUCCGCAGGUCAAAGAAGUCAAUGGCAGCGAAAACUCGGAUCUUCCCAGGGUCUUGCUCGUAGAGGACAAUUCAAUCAACAUGAAACUCCUUGUCGCGACAUUGCGUAAGCUAAAACGACCGUACACCUGCGCAGCAAACGGUCUAGAAGCCGUGACUGCCUACGCAUCAGCCCCUGCUUCUUACGCCUUGGUGCUAAUGGACAUUUCCAUGCCCGUCAUGGACGGCUACACCGCCACCGAAAUGAUCCGCAACCUCGAGUCCAAGAACAAAUGGGAUCGCUGCACCGUCAUGGCCUUGACAGGAGUCGGCGACGCCGAAGCCAAGAAACGCGCCUUCCUAGCCGGUGUAGACGAUUUCAUGACGAAACCCGUCAGCAUGGGAAAACUACGCACCAUAAUCCAAGGACUCGAUGCCAAAGAAGAAGCCCAGACCUCUCGAGGAGUAGAAGAAGUAAAACAGAGUAUCGAACCGUCAAAACCAAACGGCAAUCUACACGAGAAUAAACUUCAUCAACAACAGCAAGCCGCCUGACAUGAGCGCCGGAAACGAAAGUGGCAAGAGGAUGAAGAAAUUGAGGUCAAGGAUUUCGCUUCCGCUUCCGGCUCACAGGACAGGAGUGAAGAUCAGAAUCGGAAUGAGUCGGGUGCCGUUGCCAGUAAGAGGAAGAGAGAGGAUGAUGGCGCGGACGGCUAUGAUGAUGCCGAGGAUCAGAGGAGAAAGUCUCUUGUCGAGGAACAAGCUACUGCUGCUUCAUAGAAAUAUCGACAGUAAGAUUUGGGAAUUUUGGAGGUGAAGAAGAGGCGGAUUUUUAAUGAUUUUUACGGCCAGGGGGAGGAAGAACGACUUUUUUUCGACUGCACAUCACGUACAUGUAUAAGUCUGGCGUUAUAACUUUCUUGUAUCAACACAAAUCAUCUCAUGAGCAUC